GUGUUAUUAUGUUCUGAAAGAAAACAGCCUUUUAAAGGUCUUUUGAGGGACCCAGUCCGUGGAAUGUGGACAAGCCUCUGUGCACUAUGGGCCUCAAUGCCAUGUUGCUGAGUCAGGUCAGGUGUUUAUACAAUGGGACCAAAGGUAUAAAAAGAAAAGUUUUGGACAACAGGAUUUUAACACCAAGAGCCGUAGCGGUAACAGCAGCAGCAGCACAGAGACCCAGCCAGAAUCCCAGCCAAAAUGUCCAUCGCCAAUGUGAAAAGCAGGAUCGUCUUCUACGAGGACAUGAACUUCAUGGGCCGCUCCUACGAGUGCAGCGUGGACUGCCCGGACAUGUACAUCUACCUGAGCCGCUGUCACUCCUGCAAGGUGGAGGCCGGCUGCUUCGUGCUGUACGACCGCACCAACUACACGGGCAACCAGCACUUCCUGAGGAAGGGGGAGCACUCCGACUUCAGCCUGAUGGGAAUGGCCAACGGGAUGAGGUCCUGCCGCAUGGUGCCCGUCCACAAGGGAUCCUACAGGAUGAAGGUUUACGAGAGGGAGGCCUUCGGAGGCCAGACGCACGAGGUCACGGACGACUGCGAGAACAUCGCGGACCGCUAUCGCAUGAACAGCUGCAUGUCCUGCAACGUGACGGAAGGCCACUGGCUCAUGUACGAGCUGCCCCACUUCCGAGGCAGGAUGAUGUACCUGAGGCCCGGGGAGUACAGGCACUUCAGCUUGGGCAUGGGCAGCAUGGGUGGCAUGGGGGGCAUGGGGGGCAUCAGGUUCAUGAGCAUGAGACCCAUCAGCGAGUUCUGGUACUAGAUGCGGCCCACCACCGAACUAAUCAAGCCAUUGAAUGAAAUAAUUGACACUUCUUUUUCUUUUUGAAUAUUAAUAAAACGGUGCCAUGA